GAUGGUGGAGGAAUCUCCAGGGGAUGCUUCGGGAUUUGCGCGGCCAUGAUCCUGCCCUUCCAGCUGCAGAACACGCCCCAGAUGCAUGAAUCACGGUAGAUGCAGAAGAACGAAGAAUCGUGAGAUAUCUGCUUUCAUGAGAGCCACUCAGUGCACAUGUAUGUUGCUUAGCUAUUUAAUAGAGCAUAAAGCUGAUAAAGAGAAGCUGGUAAUGAAACUCAAGAAGUUGGAAUCUAGUGUGAGUUCUGGCCGGAAAAUGUUCAGACUGGGCAACAUGGUACAUGCCUUGGUAGCAGCCAGGAGAACUACAGAGCUGCCAGAUGUGUUUCCUCGCUUCUGCCUUACAGCCUCCAACCUGACCCGUGCCCUCUACUUCACCUGCGAUGCGGUCCUGUGGCUGAAGAGCACCGGGCUCCAACCUGACAUCGAUCAGCCAAAGUGGCAGAAUUGGGCUACCAAGUGUUACUACUUUUCUGUCCUGUUGAAUCUAGCCAGGGAUGGGUAUGAGAUCUUCUGGAGGCUGGAACAAGCUGUGCAGGAAGAAAAGAUGAAGGAGAAUUUCUUCUGCGACAAACAGGAUCGGGAACUAAACUGUGUGAAUUGUGAUGGUUUGCAUGGUUUUCUCCUCCUCCUCUUUCAGAUACUGAGAAGGCAUCCUCCUUUGCUGCUGGACUUGGUGAAGAAUGUCUGUGAUCUCUCAGGUCCUUUGGACACGCUAGGGAUCUACAAGACCAACCCAGGAGUGAUUGGUUUCUGUGGUGUCCUCUCCUCGCUGGUGGGGAUCCUCACAUUAGCAAGACCACACCUGAAGCUGAAACAGUGACAUAAAAAGAGCUGCAUAGUGUGCAGUGAGCCAGCAGCUUUGAUCCUCUGAUAGGUUUUUAUCCUCCAUACAGCACUUUCAAAAUGAACAUGUCUGACAGUAACCUCAAGGUUAAUUUUGUGAAUUCUACCCUUUUCCUUCCCUGUGUUUUUGCAGAUGAGUUUGGUGCCAUGACACACUCUUUAAUGGAGCAGAGAUGGAACAAGGCGCAAUAAUAUUUCACAAACAGAAACGAGACUUGGAACUUGCAAGAUAAGGAAAUAUUGAUGUUCCUAUGUUUUAAUACCGGGUUGUGAAAUAGCUGCAUAAGCAACUGUAAUAGGUAUAUGACUCAUAACUAAUUGUAUUUACACUGGAAAGCUGGAAUUCACCAAUCAAAGGUUCCUACAGUCAGAUUUUCUAUGGUGGGAUCAGGCAGGUUAGGAGCUGUGGUUAAAAUGGACUGAACAAGUAUGAGUGUUUGAUGGGUUUGGGUCACUGGAUCCUGUUAUCUGUAGGCAGUGGUUUGAAUGCAGUGUGAUGAUAAGUGAAGAGUGGUGUGACCUGAACUUCGAAUGAUCUCUGUAACCAGCACUGGUGAUGCUGGACCUGUAGUCUAGUGAGUGCCAACUUGUGUCCCAGUAAAUCAGCACUUUCCUCUUUUCCUUUAAUAAUGUGAGCCAAGGACUAUUUGCCACUCACUCUGACUUCUCCAGCAGGCCACGGCUGAGGGUUUUGGUGAAGGACAGAGCGUGGGAGAAGCUUGUCUGGGUGCUGGUGAUGCUGUGAUUUGCAGGGAACUGCGUUUCCAAAGCUGUGAAUCUGGAACCACUCACAAGCACUACAUUUCCCAUCUCACACGCACCUUAACUCCCAAACCCCUGUGAUUUCAAGUGCAACAAUUUUCCAUUAAUUGUAUUGUGACAAGGAGCGUAUUUUACUGUUAUAAUUUUAUGUGAAAUAUUCCAGUAUAAUAAGGAGCUUUGGAACCUGCAGUUAAAGAGAGAAGCCUGGCUCAGAGCUCACCAAGUCAGAAAAGCUGCAAGGGUGUGUUUCUAGUUGUGUAAGCUCUGGAGAGAAGGGAAUGGAGUUGAUCGUGAUAAUAUCAGAAUCCCCUGUGAGAAGAAAAUAAUUACUGGACUUGGGCAUUCAUGGUUUAGAUUUUCUUUUCUGGUCUUGCCUAUCCUUCCCUCCCAUGACCACAAGAUUUCUUGUGUGUUCCCUCACUGGUUGAAUGGGUUCUACCAUUUGAAAAUGCCUUGUGUUUGCCCUGCAACUGCAUUAUUGCUCAUCACUUACCUCGCUGGGAAUGGUUGCCUGGCAGUGUAAUCUAGCUUAAAGGAGAAAUGCUGUGUCCAGCUGUUGAACAGUUACAUGGCAUGCAGUCUUUCUUGCUCCUGACUUUGCAGAGUACCAGUUCUGACACCAUCUGAGAAAAAUUUGCACAUUAUGUGGGGGUUAAAAUUGUCAUUUUUCUUCAUCACAGUUAGGCCUGUGUGUUCUGCUGCUUUCUGGUGCAAGGGCUCCUUGUUUAAUCUGUCAGGAGGUAUGAGCAGAGACUACUCUAACCUUGACCAAGGUACUCUCUUAUCAUUUCUGAUAGUGCCUGAAAACAAAAGAAGAUAAAAGGUGCUGCUCUCCAUUAUUAAAAGGAGAAGGCUGUGGAACUGAGUAGGCACGGUAAGGCAGUGCCCCAGUUUACCUUCAGUCUUUGUUGUCAGGCUUGGAAUUAUUUCCAGUUUGAAUCUGAAGUGUUCGCCUGCCAGUGGAGUGUUUGAAAACAAGAUGUUGCGGGGCAGGCUGAGUAAGUGUGCUUGAAGACCAAAUGUGACCUGCAGCAGCUCUUCUUUUUAAUGCAGAAAUAAAUACCAUUAAAAGUAGAGCAUGCUGGCAGUUCAGACUGUGGUGGAGCAUUACAUAUGGGGUGUGUUGGCUUCAGGGACUUCCUCUCCUCUUUAACAAUGGAGUUGUUUUAUUUCUUUGCUUCAUUUGCCUUCGAGCUCCUGGCAAUGUGGGGCCCAUCCCUCCCUUGGUCAGAUUUGGUCAUUAUCCCUGUGUACACCUGUAAGGAAGGAACAGGAGUCUUGAUGAUCUGGCAGCAGAGGUUUGGCCACCAUUUGUCUACAGAAUUUCAUCUAACAAAAUGCAUUUUUAAUUCCUCUCAGGGAUGCUUUCAGGUAAAAAAUACUUACUUCACUGUUUUGUGAGCUGAUUUAUCUUUUUCCCUUGUAGUUUGUGGGGAAAGGGAAAUGCAUUAACACACCGAUGUGGCCUCUAGCCAGAUAUACCUCCCUAUGUGCUGCGGAGGAAGAAGGGUGUUUUUUACCCUUGUGCCAGGCAAACACUGUGCAAAGCCAUGAGCCGGGCUUUGGUGUUUCUGCUGGUGUGGAUUAACAAGUACAGACUUAACCUGGGAGAUGGGGCAGUGAAUUUUCACCCUGUCUCAGCCUUACCUGUCCCUUUCUACAUGACUUGGGCUGGAGCAUACAGGAGUAACCCUCUUUACUGGAUGUUAAGCACUAAUAUUUGCCUUCUGCUCCCCAGCUAGGGGCUAGCAAUUUAACGUUCUUUAACGUAAUGACUGAAGCCAUAGACUCGUGAUCAAAUGGAGAAAAUCCUUUUAGUGCCUUAUUUGUUUUUUGUAUCUGUUUCUAAUACAGCGGUUGGAAUACAGUUGUUUGAAAAGAAGAAAUAAACUGAGAUGAGCAUGA